AUGGCGCAGGCGGAGCGCGAGCGCAUGAGCGUGGUAAUGUUCCCGUGGCUGGCGCACGGCCACAUCAACCCGUACCUCGAGCUAGCCAGGCGCCUCACCGCCGUCACCUCCCACCUCGACGUCGUCGUCCACCUCGUCUCCACGCCGGCCAACCUCGCGCCCCUCGCUUGCCACCAGACGGACAGGAUCAACCUCGUCUCGCUCCACCUCCCCUCGAGCUCGCUCCCGGACCUCCCGCCCGCGCUGCACACCACCAAGCGCCUCCCGGCCCGCCUCAUGCCGGCCCUCAAGCGCGCCUGCGACCUCGCUGCACCCCGCUUCGGUGCGCUGCUCGACGGCCUCCGCCCGCGCCCGGACGUCCUCCUCUACGACUUCUUCGCCCACUGCCUCCAGAACGCGCGCGGGGUGCCGGCCGUGCACUUCAGCACGUGCAGCGCCGCCGCCACGGCCUUCUUCGCCCACUGCCUCCAGAACGAGCGCGUCCCCCGCGCGUUCCCGUUCGAGGCCAUCAGCCUCGGCGGCCCCGACGAGGACGCCAAGUACACCGCGCUGCUCGCCAUCCGCUGCGACGGCGGCACCGCGCUCGUGCCCGACCCACUGCGGGUGGAGCUCGUCGUCGAACACCUUGCGGGCAGUGGGCACGGCGGUAGCUAG